AUGCAUCUUAUGUACUCUCUGGGCCCCGAUGGCAAGCGGGUUUACACCCUCAAGAAGGUCACUGAGGAUGGCCGCGUUACCAAGAGUGCUCACCCCGCCCGUUUCUCCCCCGACGACAAGUACUCCCGUCACCGUGUCACCCUCAAGAAGAGAUACGGUCUUCUUCUGACCCAGCAGCCUGACAAGACGGCUGCUGAGCUGUAA